GUCUGAGGUUUGGCACCGGUUUAAAAUGCUGUAAAGCCAUUACAAACCACCCGUCGCAUUCCUUCCGCACAUACCGGCAAUAACACCCGGAAAACAGAUACUCACUGAGCCUGAGAAAGCAUUGGAUAAAAACUAUGCAGUGUGAUGUAUAAAGUCAGUGCGCCGAAGCAUCUCCGUCUCUCUCUUCACAGUCCGUCCAUCCACUGAUGGUUUUCAUUAAAGGAAAUUAAAGGCAAUACUUUGUGUCACAUUUUCGGUGAACGCUGAAGUACUAAAACUCCAUUUUCGCCCCGAGCAUUUUUUACAUCCUAGAAUUUCACUCACUACAACUAAACAGAGAUGGCUGAAUCAGAAUCUCAGGAAGGAAACUAUGAUAACAGGGGAAACAAGGUGGAGAUCUUCAAAACAGACAUGGAAGAACUUAUGGAGAAAAUGGAAAAACAAACCGUGUGUGCAGCCCAGAUGGCCUAUGACUGUGUAGCUAUCCAGACCGACCCAGACCUACACAACGCCAUGCAGCACUUGAAAGAUGUUUUCCUGAUAUGCAAAGAGCAGAUGGAAAAGAAAUGGCAAGACGUUCUAAUGGAAUCUAGAGGUGAUGGGCAAAAAAAGGAAUAA